AUGUUUAAAAAUUUAAUGUCUAAAGUUGAAGAAGCAAAAAAGAUAACAGCAUCAGUCGGAGAACAGAUUUCACAACAAGUUGGGGAUCACAUAAAGAACUUGAAUGAAGGGACCACAGAAGGAGGUGGCAUCACGAGGAGGUUCAAAAACGCCAUGGGUGUUUCUGGAGAAUCUAAGGAUCUUUCGCCUUCAAAAGCUGAAAAUCUCGAUUCCAUACCUGAAGCAGACUUAUUGGGUUUAGAAGUUCCAAGAAGAGAGAGGAGGUGGUCAGGAGAUUCGAAUAUGAGUGUUGAAAGUUCUGUCUCUGCACUUUUCCAAUCUGUACCGGGAAUGGUGGGUACCACACUCGAUACCCUGGACUCAGACCAAGAGAGUGUUGUGGAAGAUACUGGGUCAAGUCUUAUCAAGUCAGCGUCCAAGGAACAGAUAUCUACUGUUCUGUCUAAACUACAAGGACGAGCUGCUAAUUAUAAGGAUAAGUAUCGUGAUCUCAUAAAACAGUAUAAUACGUUAGUAGCAGAAAAUAAUAAGUGCAGAACUGUUCUUGCUCAGACUCAAGACAAGGCAUUAACCAGAAUAGAGAAACUAAGAAACGAUAAGAAAGUUUUAGCAGAGAAAUUAAGAGAAACGCAUGAACGUAUGAAUCAAGAGGGAAGUCCCACUAAGCACGCAAAGAUGGAAGAGCUUCUAGAGAAAUGUAAAGCAGAAAUAAGCAAGAAUCGUACCCAAAUCAAGGACCUAACAGAAGAGAACGAGCAAUUGAAAACUUCUACUAUAUCCUCUGACGGCUCUUCCGACUCAGCAGAAGCGUUGAAGAAAUCGACGAAAGAAUGGGAAGAGAAGAUGAACGAGGCUGAAUCGAAUCACGCUAUUCAACUAGCCACAACAAAAGCAGAGAUGCACGGAGCAUUAGAGAACAAGGAUAGAGAGAUAGAAUCUUGGAGAGCCAAAUGCAGAACUCUUGAAAUCCAGGAUGGGCACGCAAACGAAAGAUGGCAGAAGAAAGUGGACGAACUUCAAGUAGUGGUUAAGGCGUUAGAAGCUGAGAAAACUGAUAUGGUGGAGAAGCUUUCAACAGCAAAGCAACAAGGUGUUCAAGCCGUACGUGAAGAGGAGCAGCAGAAACGUUCAGAUUUAGCUGAAGAGUUUGAUGCCAAGGAGAAAGAUUUAAGAGAAGAAUUGGAUAGAAAAAUUCAAGCACUCAACAAAGAGCAUGAAGCUUUGAUCGAAAGAAUGCAAAACGAGUUCAACUCUCAGCUUGACAAGUCAGUAGUAGAUACCGAGGAAGCAGAAAAGCAAGAUGAACUGGUCAGUCAGUUGAGAGAAAACAUUGUCGACCUAGAAUCUAAGUUAGCUGAAAAGGAUAAUGACAUGAAGGCUUCUUUGGAUCACUCAACUCAAAGACAGCGCGAAGAAGUUGCCGCUCUCAUAAGUGAGCAUGAAGAGAUAAUCAAUCAAACAAGACACCAAAGCGAAGUUGAGAGAUCUGCUGCUGUUUCUAAAUGGGAACAUGCUCAAAGUGAGAUAGACCACUUGCGUAAGAAAGUUGAUAGCUUGCAAAAGGAACUCGAUCAGCAAGGACAAGACAAAAACGAGGAAUCCUUCAAAAAAGAGAAGAACCUGAACCAACGUAUUGCCGAGUUGCAAGAGAGCCUUACUACUCUUCAGCUGAACUCCACUAUUGAAAAGGAAGAGCUAAUUUCUAAUAACAAUAAGGAGAGGAGAACUUUGGAUGCCGAUGUUCUCAACCUUCAACAAGAACUGGAGAAGAAGACGACUGAACUUCAAGAUUUGGAGGAAAAAGUCCAAAUUCAGCAGAGAGAAGCUGAUGUGAGAAUCAAUGAAUUAACAGCUAUGCUAGAUGAAAAAAGCGAAGCUUUACGUAGUUCUGAGGCGGAAAAGAUAGAAAUUCAGAGAGAUCUUGAAGCAGCUAGAGAGUUGUCAGCAAUCCAUGAGCACUUAAGAGAAGAACUUGAAGAAGCUAAAAAACAAAGGGAUUCCGUUGAAGUCAAAGUUCUUGAACUAAUAGAACGAGCAGAAAAAGCUGAACAGGCUCUAGAAGAAGACAAAAAGAGGUUGGCAGCAGAGAAGCUAGAAUUAGAGGAGUCUUUCACAAAAUCCAAUAAUACUAGUUUAGAAGCAACGGACUUAGUAUCGUUCGAUGAACCCGAAAAGUAUACCUCGCAAGAGUAUGAAGCAUUGGAACAGAAAAACAACGAGCUUCUGACAAUAAAUCAGGCAUUGAAAGAAGAAAUUGAACAGAUUCGGAACGCCAGAGACCUAUUAGAAGAUGAGAUAGCUAAACUAGGAGAAAAAUAUACGGCCGAAAAAGAAGAGGUACAUCGUUCUUUAACUCUUCAACUUGAGGAGAACAAAGCAACCCUCCAGCAAACAUCUGAUGACUUGGAAAAGAAAACUGAUGCCGUUAAUGUUUUAACUACUUCCAAUGACUCCUUAAACAAGAGAGUGUCUGAGCUAGAGGCAAACGAACAGCUAAGAGAAUCCUUAGAAGCGGAAGUUUUGAAGUUGAAAGAAGACAAUCAACAGCUGUCAGUAACGAAAGAAGAGUUUAGCUCGAGAGCUUCAUCUGCGGAGGAAAGAAUAGCUCAGUUGCAAGCUGAAUUGGAUUCUUUUAAAUCUUCUCUCACGGGCAUAGAAGCUGUGGAAAAGAGAUUGACGGACGAUCUGCAGAAGAAACAACAAAUAAUAGAUGACCAGAAUGCUGAUAUUCAAAAGAAAGAGAGCGAAUUGAAAACUCUCGAGGAUGAAUGGAAGUCACAAAUCACGAAAAUGGAAGAGAUAGAAACAAAAUACAAGCAGUUAUCCGAGGAAAAAGACGCAGAGCUAUCCAAGGUUAAGGAUGAGUUGUCUUCUCUUCAACAAGAAAUGGACACGAAUAAGCAUAACAAUGAUGAACUGGCAUCUAAGAUUGAAGAGCUCGAAAACCUUAAUGAGAGAUUGCGCUUAGAAUUUAUAACGAAGGAGAAAAUAAUUGCUGAUCUUCGAAAAAAUGUUGAUGAGGUGCGUGAGGAGACAGUUAACAAGCAAUCGGGAUAUGAAGCUAAGAUCGCCGAAAUCCAGCAAUUGCUUAAUUCUGAACUUGAAUCUAAGAAAGAUUUGUUAACAGCUAUGGAAAUCAAAGCAACUGAAAUUGAGUCACUGAACAAGAUGUUGCAAGAGAAAGAAGGCUCUCAGAAACAAGUGUUGGAGGAGGAACAGAAGUUGAGGGAACAAUAUGCCAGCGCUUUGGAGAAUGUGAAAGAACAACUCGAAGAAGCAACCAAAGAGAUCGCCUCAUUAUCGGUUUUAAAAUCAGAAAAAGAAAGUCUCGAGAAAGAAAUAACUCAGUUGGCUGAAGAACAUGCUAAAACUCAAGCUGAGAGAGAAGAAAAAUGGAAAGUCGAUAUUGAAGAGAACGAGCAGAAAUGGGAAAGUAAAAUUAAUAAGAUGAAGCAGAACUCUGAGAAAGACGUCACAGCAGCUAAAGCCGAACUAAUGCUUGAGAUUGAUGGGCUACGUGCUUCUGCUUCUGAGAAAGAUCGUAAGCUAGCUGACUCAUCUCUUGAAAUAUCCCGAUUGGAACAGCAGAUGAUUUCUUUGUCAACAGUUAAGGAAGAGCUAGAUGAGAAGAAAGAAAAAGAGAAGAAGGCAACUACCAAGCUAAAUGAUCAAGAGCACAAGAUCAUCGAGUUAGAAGCCGAUAACAAAUUCUUGUCUGAUAGAAAGAACGAGUUGGAAGAACAGCGUGAGAGCUUGAAUGGAAAGGUUACUGAUUUCGAGGCUAAAAUUAAAGAGCUAGAAACUAAGGUCCAAGAACUGGAAGAGUUGAAUGCCGAAGGAAUGAGGAAAGCAGCCGCCAAGCAAGAUUCUGACAGCAAGAAGGUUAUCCGUGAACUACAGAAAGAAGUGAAGCAACUCUAUAUGGAGUUGAAUGAGAAGACAGAAGCUUUCGAUAAACUUCGUGCAGAAAAAGAGGUAGCGAACUCUGACACUGCUGUUUUGAAGCAUGUAAACACUCAACAAAAAUCGGUAGAAAAAGAUUAUAUGUAUGAGGAAGAGUUGGAGAACAUGAGGAAACGUUUGAAUGAUUCUCACAAAGAGAUCGAUCUUCUACGAGAGAGAAAUGAAAUGCUUCAGAGGAACGUUGAUUCUAAUAACAAGUCGAGUUCCCCAGCUAUGAUAAGUGUCAAUGGAGAUAAACGUAGUAUGGGCUAUGAGGAACUAGGGUUCGCCCAUUCUGCUGAAGCUGAGUAUUUGAAGAAUGUUCUUUACCGUUAUAUGGCUGAAAGAGAGACAUUAGGAAAAGAAUGCGUGACUUUGGCCCGCGUCAUUGGUACAGUCGCAAAAUUCGACAAACAUCAAUUGGAUGUUGUUCUGAGUAAAGAGGAGUCUAGAGUAGCUACAUGGGUAGAGGGAACCGUUUAUCAAGUUUCUCAUGCUCUCGGCGGUGCUAGAUAA